AUGCCUCCAAAAAAAGAAAAAAUCGGUAAAAAGUCUAUUGAAAAAAAGGUUGAAUCUUCGGUAUUGUGGGGUAAAUUCAUGAAAAGUGUGAUUGAAGUUGUGGGUAUUGUAAGACGAAAACACAAAAAACAGGAUCUUCCGGGCGGUUUCUUUGAAAACCGGAAUUUUUUUAAACAUAUCGGAUUUUUUAAAGAUCUGAAAGAUUCUUGUCCAGGUGUGGAAGUUAUCGAAGACGAAAAAAAUAAAAAAGUGCGUUUGCAAGGUCGUAACGACGAAUUUUAUGGUGCUUGCAACAAGUGCGAUAAUGUCCUGAACAAAUUGCACAAGAAAAUACACGUUUUAAAAGAUGCGCAAAUGUGGCAUAUUAUAUCAAAAAAUGGCGACUAUGUAAAGAAGAUGAUGGCAGUACAGCAUAUAAGGGCAAAGGUUUGUUUCUACUUAUUUGUUUUAAUAAAAAUUGAUAUAGUGUCCAAUAUCUCGCCGUCAAAUUAA